AUGUCUAUCGUUUCAACACCCACAUCAAAAGAAACAUCUGCUGCAAAUCCACUCACUAUCAGUACCAUACCUACUCUUGCCAUCAAAAAUCUUGUUGUCAUCAGUGUUGCAACUGAAGUGUCAAUUAAGCUAACAGAAACCACCUACUUUUCUUGGAAAAGGCAAUUUGAUGCCUUAUUAAUACGAAACAAUUUAUAUGGCUUUAUUGAUGGUGCAUUACCUUGCCCAUCACCUGUUCUAUUUGACUCUGCAAACUCUCCAAAUCCUGACUUUAUUUACUGGGUUCGUCAGGAUUCUCUUCUCCUCAAUGCCAUUCUAGCAUCUUUAUCAUUGGAAGUCCAUUUUGUCUCCGAUGCAGAAACCUCUAGAGAAGCAUGGCAAAAACCAGCUCUCACCUUUACCAAACCAUCUCACCUGAGAUUAAUGCGGCUUUGUGAAAGACUCAUUCGUUCUCAAGGCUCACAUCCAAUUAUGGAAUAUUUACAAGAUGUUAAAGCUUAUGCCAAUGAACUCUCCUUUAUCGAUAAUCCUGUUAGCAAUAAUGAUCUUACUCUGUGUAUCCUGUUAGCAAUAAUGAUCUUACUCUGUGUAUCGUCAAUGAUUUGA